UACCUUGGCUGACAUCGCUUUAUCAACAGGGCAGACACAGACGGAGCGCAGCAGCUGAGCGAACUGGAAGAGUGGAGCUGUGAAGUUUUACAUUUCCUGUCUUCACUAGGAAGGAUGACUCCAACAAGCAUUCCUGCAAACUCCAGCCAUGAAAACCAAAACAACACUGUGUGCCGUUAUGAUGGAAACGAUUGGCUCUUCACUGUGAUUCCAGUGUACAUCCUGAUCAUCAGUGUGCUGGGGAUCAUCUUGAAUGUGUUUGUGUUGAUGGUUUUCUGGCUCCACAAGAAGGCCUGUACCGUGGCUGAGAUCUACUUGAGCAACCUGGCUGCUGCCGACCUCAUUCUGGUGUCGCUGUUACCCUUCUGGGCUGUGUAUCUAUUAGAAAGAUAUAACUGGCCCUUUGGGGAACCUCCGUGCAAACUGGUCCCCUUCUCCAUCAGCAUGAAUGCCUACUGCAGCAUCUACACCCUGGUUCUGGUUAGCAUUGACCGAUACUUGGCACUGGUGCACCCGCUGACCCAUGAAAGAAUGCGGACGCCAUUUUGUGCCAAACUGGCAUGUGCAGUGGUGUGGGGUGUAUGCUUUCUGUUGAAUGUCCCUGUACUCAUCUACAGGGAAGUUGUACAUCGCCCUGAGAAGAAUGUUAGCAGAUGCGCUCUUUCUUAUUCAGAUCAGACAGAUAAAGCCAUAAACAUCCUCAAUGUCAUUCUAAACUUUAUCAUACCCAUUCUUAUUAUUUCCUUCUGCACUCUCAAAAUUAUUCAAGCUCUGACAAACAGGUUAAGGGACAGCUAUAGCACUGAGGGAAAGGAGCAGAAGGCCACCACUCUGAUUCUCGCAGUCCUCCUGGCAUUCCUGAUCUGCUGGGUGCCAUUCCAUGUGUUUAAGAUACUAGAUCUGCUCAGUAGAAAUAACAUUGUGGGAGGGUGUGAGUUUCGGUUGAGUUGGUUCCAACAGAUCGCCAUCUUCUUACCCUUCUUCAAUAGUGUUCUCAACCCCAUUCUCUAUGUUUGUGUAGGCAAAAACUUCCGUAAAAAAGUUAAGGAGGUCUUCAGUCAGAUGAGUAAUAGGAGAAAAUCAACAUUCAGUCUCGCCUCCACACGUACAAACCUGUCAAGAAGUGUUAAAACUGAGGAUGCCACAAGCUAAUCUGUAACAUUACAUUUUUAUUUUUUAUUUAGGUUGUGUGUUUUCAAGAUUUUCAAGCUACAUUUUGUUGCUCCUUUCUGUCUACACCAUCAACAGAUGUGUAGAAAUCAAAAGUGUGGUCAUUUUAAAAGGAAGUUACUGAAUAUGUCUCUAUCUCAAGACAUCCUGUUGACAUUUUAUACCACUUAUGGUGUAUUUACCAAAAUCUGCAACUAAACCACAUUAGCUAUAAUGCUUUCAAAUUUAACACAACAGCAACAGUGCUGCAUAAUUAAAUAUGAUUACCGCACAUGUUUUGCAUUACAGAAGUAAUGGCAAAAUCUAAGAUAAUGGAAAUAUUGUACCAAACAAAUGGAAACAGACUUUAUGUCUUUAUAUGUCAUCAGUUACACUCUUGACACAAGAAGUCAGUGUCUGGAUGUUUCACUCCUGAAUGCAUGUGUAUGUAGUUAAAUCUCUUUCUCAGUAUUGUGACACAUUAUUGUGACAAAACUGUAUUGUUUCAUGCUUGUGCUAUUCAAAAACCAUCCUGUCAUGUUUUAAAACCAUGUAGUAUUUCUUACUUUUGUGUGUGACAUUGCGAAUGGAGCAAACUUCAAAUAUUUUUCAACCUGCCAACAGCGGAGAGUGGCUGCCUCCACAUUGUGCAGACAUCUGCAUGCUUGUACAGUUUGUAAUUUGUUGCUUGGUGCAGUUUAUUUACUAUUCAAGUCAGAGGAUCUGGAUAAAUAGUGACUCACCUGGUCAUGCCACUCUGUCUUCACUUGGUGAACACACUUCACUGUUGCUGAAAUAACUUCUGUGUAUCUAUUGUGUUUGCAUAACAAAUGUAUUGUAACACUUGCUGUAGGAUGGCAGAAAUGCAAAGGAGCAAUUUUAAUCUUUUGCUGGUAUACAAAUAAACAUACCCCCAUGAACUUUA